AUGAUCGGUAUCUCAGAGGCUCAAGAACAGCUGGUUACUGCGUCCGAAUCGGGCUCAUCACGCACCUCCGAUAGUCAAGAUGGAGAGCCUGCCGCAGAUGAAGGAGAGCUCAAACCAUUCUCGGGCCACAAGGAUAGUAUCCGUGCUAUCGCGUACUCACCGAAUGGCAGAUACAUUGCUACUUGCUCGAAAGAUACUACCAUCCGCAUAUGGAGCAGCAUCACAGGCGAACAGGAUGGGCAGACGUUAGAAGGACAUACAAGCGAUGUCAACACCAUCUCUUACUCCCCGGACGGGAACUCUCUCGUAUCUGGUGGUGACGACGAUACCGUGCGGUUCUGGGAUGUAGGGAACGGUCACACGCAAGCAGAUGAUCCCAUUGCACUGCAUGGAUCGUCCGUGUGGUCGGUCCAGUAUUCACCUAAUGGGAGGCUCGUGGCCAGCGCCGGCUAUGAUGGCUUUCUCAAACUAUGGGACUCGCUCACUCACAAAUUUGUUGCGGAGUUUGAAAAAUAUGCUACCAGCAUCAUUUUCUGUAUCUCCUGGGCACCAGACGGAAAACGUCUCGCAGCUGGCUCAGGUGACAACCGAAUUCACAUCUUCGACGUAGAGAAACGCAAGCUAGCGAUGCCACCAAUUGACAUACACAAGGGCGACGUCAAUGCGGUGGCGUACUCGCCUGACGGUACGUUCUUCGCGAGUGCAUCGGACGACUAUACCGUACGUAUAUGGGGUGCAAAAACGGGAAGGGCUGUCAAAACUCCAUUCAGAAUGAACAAGGGCGCCAAGAGGCAUGUCCUCGGUGUUGCGUGGUCGCCAGAUGGACGGCGUCUCGUCUCUUGCAGUGGGAAGCCUCGCCCGGUUGUAUGGGUCUGGGACGUGGACAAGGGUCAGGCACUCUUCAAUGGUCCCCUUGGGGACCAUCGACACGGCUCGGAUGAUUGGAUUUGGGCGGUUGCAUACUCGCCGGACGGAAAGCGUUUUAUCUCUGCAACGGGAGCAGAUCGACACACUGCCAUCCCGCUAGUUCAGGUUCGGGACGCAAGCACGGGUAAACCAGUGCUUCACCUACUGUCAGACGAAGAAAUGCGCAAAGUUCAAGAACAGGGCCACAGUGAUUCCAGCGAAGAGUUAACUUAUAGCACAGGAAAGAUGCGCGUUGGCGAGACCAUCACCUCUGUCGGAUGGUCCUCUAAUGGACAGCGCUUCGUAAGUGUCGGAGCAGGCGGUAGCAUGCAAACGUGGAGCGCAGAGACUGGGUACCAGGUAAAUGGGGCCAUUUGCGUCAAACCACAGAAUACUGUCAGCGCUGCGUCUGUCUCCGAGUACGGCACAAAAGUGGCGGCGGCUUCAGGCGAUGCUACUAUCAACGUUUUCGAUGUCGAAUCUGGGGAGGCAUUAGUAGGCCCUAUUACGGGUCAUGCUGAUGCGAUUUUAGCUCUAGGUAUGGCUCCUGAUGGUUCGAGGAUCGUUAGCGGAGGCAAAGACAAGACAAUUCGUUUUUGGGACGGGAUCACCGGAAAGAUGGUGUAUGUACUCGAAGCUCAUACGGAAGCAGUCUGCGCGCUUUCGAUCUCUCGAGAUGUAACGAAGCUUGCCAGCGGUUCUGAGGACAACACUAUCAUUAUCUGGGACUGGCAGACUUACGACCGACUUGCUGGCCCAUUCCAUCAUGAUGGCUGUGUUCGCGCUGUCUGCUUCUCACCAGAUGGUUCACGAGUACUUAGCGGAUCCGACGACUGUACUGCUCGAGUUUGGAAAGUUACGACAGGAGAGCUAGCGUUUGACCCCAUCAAGAUGCACUCCGGCUCGGUCGGGGCUGUUGACUGGUCCAGCGAUGGUUCAAGGCUGCUGACUACAGGAACUUAUGACUGGACGAUCUGUGUUUGGGAUGCGACGACGGGAGGGCGCAUCCAUGAGCCACUCGAAGGGCACGACGCUGGUGUCAAGACUGCCGCUUUCUCUCCUGAUUGCAAGCGUAUCCUCAGUGGCUCGAUGGAUGGCACACUAUGCGUAUGGGAUGUGGAGACUGGUAAAAUCCUGUUGGACAAAACGGAGCUGGACAAUCAGAGCGAGUCAAACAGCGACACUCAUAGCCUAGAAGCACAGCAAGAAGGAAUAUCCGCGGAAAGGCGUCACAGGAUGCGACAGCAUUCGGAUGACAGCAUAAUGAACAUGCCGGCCACCAUCUCGCGUAGGAAGCAAGGAAACCAGGGUAGAGGCUUCUGGGAUGACAUAGAUCACGAAGGCGGGCACGGCGCCCGAUCUCAGAAGACUGUCAAGAAGCGCGAGCGCAAACCCAGCUGGUUGGGGAACAUGUGGCGUUCUCCGCGCAAUAGUUCAACUUCAAAAGGGAACACAGCGCGCAAGGGGAAGAACUCAGCUGGAAACACCACUGAGAGGCACGCCAUGCGCCACGUCCACCGUACCGAAGCCAGAGAUGUGGCGCCCGCUCGCGACAAGCUGCGCGUACUUGCAGCGGGAGACAAUCCACGUGGGGCCAGACGCAACUCGCACGAGGACCCGGGGUCGGAUGGCGGGAGCAAUUCGCCUACAGAACCAUCCGAUCCCAACCAACCUCAUGCUGAUCUGAGCGACGACGAUACAAGCGUGCACGGUUUAAUCGACACUGUGUGCUUUUGUCUCUGCUUGCCGUGUUGCAAGUAA